AUGGCGCGCGGGAGUUUCGGAGACCUACCCUCUGGGCUGGAAUUGGUCACAGAUUCACUCCAUGGCUUUCUCCCGCCGACUGCAGCGAUCAAAUCAACAGAAGAAUCUCCGAUCCUCCCACCUCAUGGGACUCAGAACUUCGGAUCUCGAAACUUGCCGCCACAAGGCACCCUGAGCCCAAAUGCCAUGGCUGAUCUGAUGCCUACCCCAGCCUCGCAGCAGGGCUACCUUGGAGGCACGCCACAAAGUCUUGGCUAUGGCGAUCUUUCGCUGGGCGACGACCGGGACCGGGAGGCGAAGAAGAAAAAGAAGAAGAAGAAGGAUCCUGGUGGUCCUGGCCCAAGCCAGGAUGAAGACCUUAGCAGAACUCGGGAGGCGCAAGCUGCGUCGCCGUUGCGCCAAAGGGAAUUACUUCAGCUCCCUCAGGAGAAGAGGAGGGAGCGCGUGCGCCCCAGUGAGGAACAGGACGAUUCGAGCCUUCCAACCUAUGUGCCGGCAGCCACGCGAGCUGGCGCCGCCCUGACUGGCAGUCUGGAGGGAAGCAAGGUCCUUUUGAGAAUCCUGCGUGCUUACAACCUCCGGAAUACCGACUUGGGAAUCUUGCCCGAAGACGCCUCGGAUCCCUUUGCGGUGGCGAGGAUUGGGCCAAAGGACUUCAAGACCCACGUCGUUGAGAACAGUCUCAAUCCCGUAUGGAAUUCACAACAGUUCGAGUUUACUUUGCAAGACGAAGAAGAGCCGAAGCUCCAGCUGGAGGUCUUCAGCUCCAAUCAUUGGCACGCAAAUGAUAGCCUGGGGCGUCUUGACAUCCCUAUACGGAGCUUGACCCCUGGUGAAACACACACAGUAGAGGAGAUGCUGGACGAAGGCGAUGUCGUGCGAGAGGUUGGCAAAUCCGUCCUCAAGGCAAAUCUCGUUCCUCAAAAGGAAGUGGUGGCUUCCUUUACGGCAGUCUUCGCUGUCUUGUGCUGCAGGAAGUGUUUCUGCAUGGCAUCUUUCCCGGCGCGGCGAUGUUACUCUGAGGUGCCACUGCCUUCCUUCAAAGGCUUUGGGCCGGAAGCUCUGGCGCGACCUGAUCACCAGUACAAAGUGGCAGAGAUUGGCGAGGCGCGCAGGCUCAACGAGUAUGAGUCUUUGGCCUGUCGUUUGGGCCAAUAUGACUACUCAGGGCCACCACCUUACUUCCCACGACAACAGAUGAUUGACAAGCGCCAGUGGAAGGAUGAUCCCUUCUUCGGCUGGCGUAGAGAGCUGAACCGCGCUGAGCACAAGAUGGGCCAGUUGGAGGGCCCUGGCCCUGGCCCUAAUUUGGAGCUCGAGGAGGUCGGUGAGGCCUGGAAGGGCGAUCCCUUCCACGCCUGGCGGAGCCAUCAGGGGCCCGGGCGGCAAGGGCCCCAAGAGGGCAACAUCGAGCAGCUGCAGGAGGCCCGUGCGGCACGCAACCUGAUGUCGCUGCCCUCCUUCUCGGAGGUGCCGGCCCGCCGAUUCAACGACCACCGCGAGUACAGUGACCACGUUGCCAGGCCGCAGCCGCAAUUAGCUGCAGGCCGAACAACGAACGAUGCUCCGGAACAGCGCUGGAAAGAUGACGCUUUCUAUGGUUGGCUACCCGGGCGAGGGCCCAUUGAGGAGGAGCAGCAUCGGCUGCGUCGACCUUUGGAGCAGGCCCGAUUGGCUCGCCUACCAUCCUUUGCCGAGGGGGCCCCUGAGCUAGCAGGGGUCACCGGACGCGGAGUGGGGAUCCUCACUCUUUGGAUCAAUGCAGCUUCUAACCUGGCAUACAGCCACGGAAGCGGCUUGUACGGGACUCCUAGCCCAUGUGUCAAGGUUUCCAUGCAGGGUCAGCGUGGGCGAGCCAGCCAUGCGAGGGAGAAGAUGACACCGACAAUUGCCAGGAACCGCAAUCCGCAGUGGAAUACCCCGGCAAUGGUGUUGGAGGUGCAUUCGGUCGCAGAUGUGUUGCAGCUGGAAGUGCUUGACCUCGCCAAUCCCAGAGUGGACGAGCACAUACACCACUACUUCCUGGGCCGUGCGCAGCUACCCAUUCAGCGCAUUAUCGCAGCAGUGCAUAGAUCAAAGAAUCCCAGUCGGCCGCUGCAACUUCGCGAGAGCUUGGAAGACUCGCAAGCGCAGGCUCAAAUCGAUUUCGAGUGCACCUACGAGGCCUAUGACACUGAUGCAUCACCAGCCAGUCAAACCCUGAGCCCUCCAAGAGAUCGAGAUCGGUUUCAAUCUCAGCUAUCGGCAAGUCCACAGAGCUCGCCCGGCCAGUCAAAACGCCAAUACUCAGACAUGGGGGGCCUUGGCAUUCUUUCCGUCCGCAUCAUAGCCGCGUACAACUUGGUGAAUGCAGACACCGGCAUCCUGGGCGACGUCUCGGACCCGUACGUGACCGUUAGACUGGAGAGCCAGAACGAGAAGCAACGAAAGCGAACACAUACCAUCAACAAUGAUCUGAACCCCAAAUGGAAUUCAUCACCCUUCCUUUUCCCCAUCCAGCAUCCAGAAGACCAGCUGCUCUUAGAGGUCUACGACGAGGACAUGAUGGGCUCUGAUGACUUCCUGGGCCGGAUGAAGAUCCCCCUGUAUCGCAUAAUCCACGGCCGUGCAAACCAGCCGGUCAGAAUCCGGGACCAGCUGCAGGACAUUGAGACGGGUGAGCUGGAGUUGGAGAUCGGAUUCUCACCCGGGCUCUUCCGAUUCAGCCUCCGCGCCUACAAAGUCACGGUGCACGUGGUGGGCAAGUCGCGAUCUCAAGCUGACGUGGGCCAGUAUCGGGAGGCCGGGCAGUCCGGGGAGAGGCCUCUUCAAGGCCUGUGUGCUUCCAUGGUCAAUUUCGCAGCAGCCACAGGCUGGGAAGGGACAGCAGUGGAAGAGUAUGCCGGACACCCGGCCGCAUGCUGA